CUUCUAACUUAAUAGUACAAGGAUCAAUAAUGAUAAAGGGAACGAAAGUAGUUCGUGGAGUCGAAGGAAACAUUCUAACGAUCGUCUGUGUUGUCAAAAGUGGAAGACCACCUGUAGAAACACUCGUUUUGAGUAUAAAUGGAUCAAAUAUUACGAAUAAGGGCAGUGAUCGUAUCACAUAUUCCUUCAUUCCAACAAAACUGGACAACAUGCAAUUAUUUACUUGUUCUGCCUACAGUUCAUUACUAGUGAAUCCAUUAUCAUGUGAAGUACGUUUGAAUAUUCAGUAUUCUCCAGUUGUUGAAAUAAGACGCAAACUAACGAAAAACAAAUUAACACUUAUCUGCAAUCCGAGCGGAAACCCUGAAAAUUAUACUUUUGGGGAUUGGGAACACUGGUCUGAAUUCAAAGAACAUAUUCGAAAUGUUCAGGGGACACCUGACGGUACGCUUAGAAUGAAAUACACCACUGACAACCGGUUAAACGAAAUUGACGGCAUUUACAAAUGCAAAACUUCCAACGGUAUAAAUGGUACAAAUGGACGCUUAUAUCAGAAAGGAUCAGUUCUCAUAAACAAUAAAGUUCCACCGUCAUUUGUGAACUCAAAUAAGCAAACUCAAAUCGGUCGUUAUGGUAAAGAAAUUAACUUGACAGUGCUAGUUUACAAUAAGUAUGGCAAAUUAAAAACAAACCUAUCAAAACGGAUUAAGUAUCUAAAUGCACAUGAAAUACAGGAGAUGAUUCGAAUACAGGACAUUGUCUAUGGUGUAAACAUAACAGUGGCUUGUAUAAAGAUAACAUUCCAACUGACAUUUGAUAAAAUAGAAGACUUUACAGAUUAUACAAUAGAAGCUUGCAACAAAAAAGGGUGUAAUGAACUAACGGUGAAGAUAAAAUCGGAAAAUCGACCAGAGCCUCCCACAAAUAUGUCAGUAAUUCCAUUUGACAGAUAUUUGACAGUAUUAUGGUAUCUUGGAUACAACGGGGGCUUUCCACAGACAUUUUUCAUAGAAUACAAACAAGAGGCAAAGGAAAUAUGGAGACGGUCAAAACCUGUAAUCGAUAACAUGCAGGCUAGAAUGUCAAAUGUCCUGUUUAACAUGAGUCCACAAACUCGAUAUCUUGUUCGGGUAUUGUCAACAAAUGAAAUUGGAGAAAGCAAAAAGACGUCUCUCACUCCUAUAAUGACUUUAGCCAUUCAUUCAUCAGGUGAAAAAUCACUAUCUGUCCAAAGCAUCGUCAUUGUAGUACUAGUGUUUGUUAAUAUAAUCAUGGGAGUAGGGAUCGGAUUAUUUGUUCGUUACUUUAAACAGAAGAUCAAGAAGAGGGUGAUGACAGCAGUAAAUGUCCGAACAUCAGAAGCGAGUAAUGUCGACAGUGCUAAUUAUGCAGAUAUAACGGAAGACGAAAACAACCAGACAUCAUCACAAGAAAACGGAAGUCCGACCCUGUCAACAGUCAACAUAAUUGGUGUUGAAAAUAGAGAUGAAGCUACCUUGUCAUCAGAAAAUGCAUCAGUAGCGUCAGACAAUAAUAUCAAUGAUGUAGACAAUUAUGAUGGUAUAUAUGAACAACCAUACACAACACUGGUGGUACAAAAUCGUGCUGACGACGAAAAUGUGUAUCUAAUUACAAAACAGAACUCAAUCUAUGAGAAUGAAACUACUUUGGAUAAUUCAGCUAGUGAAAUUUCUUGUGGGUUCUUACAUGAUACUUCACCGGGGGAACCCAACCUACCUGUUUAUGAAAAUGUCGUUCAAGAGAAAGCUUACCUGAACUACAUUGCUACAUGUAACGACAUCGACAAUGAUUUUCACCGUUUACACAUUAAUCCACAAAAUAGUAAGGCAGAAUACAUUAACAUGGUGCUGAAACAAUAGGAUAAGAUUUAGAAUUCGGACUUUUUUGUACAUGUACAAUUGUACAUCUAAACAUACAAGUGCUAUUAAAUGUGUUCCUUGUACUAAAUACAAUUCAACACUUGCAUGCGGUAUAUUUCUUUAAAGUGAUUUUUUCAUGGCCAAUGGUCUAUGAACUUGAUAAAGUAUAAAAGUAAUUUAUAUUGCC